GCGGUGCGCAGAUAUACUGAUAUCGAAUGGGGUAAACUCAUCCGAGCUGAACCAUAAAACAACUGACACUAGAAAUUGUUGCGUUCUUGACCAUUUAAACCGCCUGCAUUCUCAAAAAUGAAGACACUCAGCUUUGCCAUUGCAGUCAUCAUUGCUCUUUCAUUUAUUUUAAUUCAGGAGAGCUACUCUUCGCCUUUUGCUGAAGAGGAAGGUGUAGCAGCAGCGAGAAGCGGCGCCGAUGUUGAACAUUUCGAGAUGCCAGUAGACGAACCAAAGCUUACACUGAAAUUCAAGCGCAAUGCUAGAGAUUGCCGCUGGUGCUGUAACUGCUGCCGUAAAGAGCCGGGAUGGUGUGGUGUCUGCUGCGACUGGUGAUUCCUUGAAAUGAGUGCUGUCGAGACGCCAACGUCGUGUGCUUCCUGCAGCCACUGUUGAUUCCUGGAAAUGAUGAUUCCUGUUGAUGAUUCUAAUAAACCUGGAUAU